AUGGAGAUAAUCAUGUUCUGCCUCCCUCUCGUGAUUGUUGUGAGAGCGCGGGUGUUAUGAAGACCUUUCAGAAAACAGACUUGUUCCCCACGCUUAAAUCUCAGUGGUUUUAUUCAUAACCUCCAAAAACUGGAGAUAACCCAAAUGACCUGCAAGUGGUGAAUGGAUAAGCAAAAUACGGAACCUCCACACAAUCAGAUGAUACUCUGUAAACAAAGAGGAACAAACUAAUACAGGCAACAAUGCGGAUGAUUCUCAGAAGCAUUAUGCUAAGUGAAAGAAGCCAGACCUCAAAACUACGUACUGUCUGAUUCGAUGGAGUUUGUCAGGGAAAAAAAGUACCGGACUGAGGCUGAGAAGUUUGGGUGGAGUUUUGUCUUUGAGGACUUUGUCUCCGAUGAGCUUAGAAACAACGUGACCCAUCAGAUGGAGUCUCUUCUCUGGUGGUUUCCAGUGGAAAGAGCAUUCUGGAGACAGCCUGCAGGUCCUGGCUCUGGCAUCCGAGAGAGACUGGAGCUCCCAGUGGUACACGUGAGCUGGAAUGAUGCUCGUGCCUACUGUGCUUGGCGGGGGAAACGGCUGCCCACCGAGGAAGAGUGGGAGUUUGCUGCCCGAGGGGGCUUGACGGGUCAGGUUUACCCGUGGGGUAAUCAGUUCCAGCCAAACCGCACCAACCUGUGGCAGGGAAAGUUCCCCAAGGGUGACAAGGCUGAGGAUGGCUUCCAUGGAGUCUCCCCAGUGAAUGCUUUCCCCCCACAGAAUAACUAUGGACUCUAUGACCUCAUGGGCAACGUGUGGGAGUGGACAGCAUCGACGUACCAGGCCACUGACCAGGACAUGCGUGUCCUCCGGGGAGCAUCCUGGAUUGACACAGCUGAUGGCUCUGCCAAUCACCGGGCCCGGGUCACCACCAGGAUGGGCAACACUCCAGAUUCAGCCUCAGACAACCUGGGCUUCCGCUGUGCAUCUAGUGCAGGACGACUUCCUGGGGAGUUGUGAACAGCUACGUGGAGCCAAAGAGAAGAGCCCCGUGGUGCCUGUGUUACUCCCCUGGCCACAUUCCAGACUCAGCCAAACUCCAGGCUCUUCAACUUUAGUGUC